AAUUCCGGCCAGGUUUUGUUUCUGAGACUGAGCCGCGGUGCACUAUGGGUCGUUGUCUGACAGUGAAGCCGAGCCAAAUAUGGCUGCUAACCUCAGGCAGCGGAAAGAGCCUUCAGAUGGAAGCUUAUGAAUGAAGUUUUUAACUGUAAAUCUCUCUCGCCACUCGUAACGGUAGCGCUGAUCCAUCCGUGGAUGACUUAACACGUUCGCUCGCCCCACCGAAUUACAAACAAGUGAGGUUAAAGUCUCGUAUGAAUUCCGACGAGGAGGAGGACUGUGAGUGUGCGCCACCACAGGCCGACAUUAGCCCAGAAGGAGGAGCUGACAGAGAAUACGACGAGGCCCAAGUUGAAAACCCAGAAGCAAGCCGAAUUGAUUUCGUGAAGAAAGCAGUCAUUUUACGUGGAGAUGGAGGAGCGGGAAAAAACGACCUGUCUGAGUCCCUAAAACGGAAGAAGCGAGCGGCUGCCAAGCAUCUAAUAGAGCGCUAUUACCACCAGUUAACGGAAGGCUGUGGGAAUGAAUCGUGCUCCAACUCAUGGUGUGCCUCGUCUUCCGGCUUCUGCCGCAUGGACAACAAUGCGGCAGCUGUCAAAGCCCUGGAGCUCUACAAGGUCAAUGCGAAACUAUGCGACCCCCAUCCCUCAAAGAAAGGUACUGCUUCAGUCUACCUAGAGAAUUCUCCGUGUAGCAAUACCAAGAUGAACCAUAAGGAUGUCCACUCUGUACGAGACAAUUUCAAAGAUGUGAAUUACCUGACGGAGGAGAAAGUAUACGAGAUCUUGGAUAGCUGCGGCGAGAAGGAGGAUUACUCCCCUCUCAUCAGAGUAAUUGGCCGAGUGUUCUCUAGCGCCGAGGUCCUGGUGCAGAGCUUCCGACGGUCGAAUCCUCACACCAAGGAGGAGCUCAAGUCCCUUCAGGAAAAGGAUGAGGACAAAGAUGAGGACGAAAAGGAGGCCGCUGCCUGCUCGACCACAGCCAUGGAAGAGGACUCCUCGAUCUCGUCUUCAUCGUCGCGGCUCGGAGAGGGGUCAUCUGCAGACAAUGCUGUCCAAAAGCUGGCCCCUGAUGAGGUGACAGUAGACAUUGAAGCGGUGCGCCGGGUGUACGAGCGCCUGCUUUCCAAUGAGAAGAUAGAAGCUGCUUUCUUGAACGCACUGGUCUACCUCUCACCUAACGUAGAGUGUGACCUAACGUACCAUAAUGUUUAUUCUCGUGACCCAAAUUACCUGAACCUGUUUGUUAUAGUGAUGGAGAACAGCAACCUCCACAGCCCAGAGUACUUAGAGAUUGCCCUCCCACAGUUCUGCAAGGCCAUGAGCAAACUCCCAUUGGCCGCUCAGGCCAAACUCUCUCGACUGUGGUCGCACUACAGCGCCGAGCACAUUCGGCGCAUGGUGGAGACCUUCCAGCAGCUAAUUACCUACAAGGUGAUCAGUAACGAGUUCAACAGCCGCAACCUGGUAAACGAUGACGACUCCGUUGUAGUGGCUACCAAGUGCUUGAAGAUUGUCUACUAUGCAAAUGUGCUGGGCGGCGACCUUGAUAUGGAGCACAAUGAGGACGAGGAUGAGGAGCCCAUCCCGGAGUCGAGCGAGCUCACCCUGCAGGAGCUGCUCGGCGAGGAGAGGCGGAACAAGAAGGGUCCUCGGGUGGACCCGCUGGAGACGGAGUUGGGCAUCCGCACCAACGACUGUCGGCGGCCACUCAUCCCCUUCGAGGAGUUCGUCAAUGAGCCUCUGAACGAAGUGCUAGAGAUGGACAAGGACUACACUUUCUUUAAGGUUGAAACUGAAAACAAAUUCUCCUUCAUGACGUGUCCCUUCAUCCUUAAUGCUGUCACCAAGAAUCUGGGGCUGUACUAUGACAACCGCAUCCGCAUGUACAGUGAGCGACGUAUUACGGUGCUGUACAGCUUAGUGCAGGGCCAGCAGCUCAAUCCGUACCUGAGACUGAAGGUCCGCCGGGACCACAUCAUUGAUGACGCUCUGGUUAGGCUGGAAAUGAUCGCAAUGGAGAAUCCUGCAGACUUGAAGAAGCAGCUAUACGUGGAGUUCGAAGGAGAGCAAGGUGUCGAUGAAGGAGGUGUUUCCAAAGAGUUCUUUCAGCUUGUAGUUGAGGAGAUCUUCAACCCAGAUAUUGGCAUGUUCACAUACGAUGAACUCACCAAACUCUUUUGGUUCAACCCUUCAUCAUUUGAAAACGAGGGCCAGUACACGCUGAUUGGCAUAGUUCUUGGCCUUGCCAUCUACAACAACUGCAUCCUGGAUGUUCACUUUCCAAUGGUGGUCUACAGGAAGCUGAUGGGCAAGAAAGGAACCUUCAGGGACCUUGCUGAUGCCAACCCUAUUCUGCACCAGAGCCUGAAGGAACUUCUGGAGUAUACAGGCAGUGUGGAAGAGGACAUGAUGAUCACGUUCCAGAUUUCUCAGACAGACCUGUUUGGGAACCCACUUAUGUAUGAUUUAAGGGAAAACGGGGAUAAAAUUCCGGUGACGAAUGAAAACCGAAAGGAGUUUGUGGCUCAGUAUGCAGAAUACAUGCUGAACAAAAGUGUGGAGAAGCAGUUCAAAGCAUUCAGGAGAGGUUUUCACAUGGUCACCAACGAGUCGCCACUCAAGUACCUUUUCAGGCCUGAAGAAAUUGAACUACUUAUAUGUGGGAGCAGGAACCUGGAUUUCCUGGCACUAGAAGACACAACAGAAUAUGAUGGUGGCUACAACAGAGAUUGUCGAAUCAUCAAGGAGUUCUGGGAGACAUUGCACUCUUUUGGCGAGGAACAGAAGCGCCUGUUCCUUCAGUUCACCACAGGCACUGACAGAGCACCCGUGGGCGGGCUCGGCAAACUGAAGAUGAUUAUCGCCAAGAACGGGCCAGACACAGAUCGGUUGCCAACAUCUCAUACUUGCUUUAAUGUUCUACUGCUGCCUGAGUACAGCAGCAAGGACAAGCUGAGGGAACGACUGCUGAAAGCCAUCACCUAUGCCAAAGGGUUUGGCAUGCUCUGAGUCCCCCCCCCAGCCGGCACAAUACCACUCUUACCACCACCUGCUCUAAACGCACUGCGAAUAGACUUUUUCUCAACCCAUCUAGCGCUGCCCUCCCACCCCUUUUUUUUUUUUUUUUUUUUUUUUUUUUUAUUUGUUUUUUUAUAUAUAAAUGUGACACAAUGGUGUAAGUGGCAGCAGGACGAGUUAAGUCAUUUUACUGUGCCUGCAUUGUCAAACAACAUAGUCUUUCAGUGUAAGCAGAGAGAUCUCCUGAUCAAAGUACCCACAUCCACUUGACAUGGGUGUGCUGUUGCCUCCCGGCCUACCUUUUUAUGUACAGAGAGGAUGAUUUUUCUAUUUAUUUUAGGUUUAACCUGGAUAUUUUUUCACAUCCAACAGUGAAACAAAGGUUAAUAAUCUCUGAAUCAUAGGACGACUAAGUCGCUAUCAUCCAGGAUUAUGGAACUAAAAGGUGUCCCGCAGAACAUUGUAGAAGAAAGUUAAAAAAAUAUAAUAAAAUAGUGCAGCCCUUCCUGGAUUGUGAAUUUCCCCAUUGCGGGACUAAUAAAGGCUUAUCCCAUUCUUAUUGCUCUUCAUGAAAAAACGAAACAAAAUAGAUUAAUUAUUCUUAUUUCCCUCUAAAAUAUCAGUUUUGAUUCUUUUGUGGGGAUGGGGCGCCAAUCAGACUGAGAUCAUGUCAGAGCUGUGUAAGUGCACUUAGACUUUUUUUCCCAGAAUGUUUUUUUCUUUUUGUGCCCACAGGUCACCGCGAUUGUCUGAAGCAUUUUUUUAGUUACCAUGUCUUCCUGUGUUGACAAAACUAAUGAAAUAAAAAAACAAAACAGUA